GUGUACACCUUCUCUAUAUGACCGAGUAGAAAAUAGACCAGUGCAUAAGGGGAUACCAUAGAGUACUUGUUGGAUGUUAACUCGUGUCUUUGGUGAGAUCACGAAUGACACGGAUCAGUUUUGUCUCUCGUUCAUCUCCGCGAGAUCAGUGAAAUUUUGGAAUUUGAUGGAUAUCUGACAGUGACAUGCCAGAAUUGAUAAGAGUAUUAUGGAGCUGGCUAUGGAGGUGUUCAAAUCAUCCUGGUGGACAGUGAAUUUUUAGGUAAAAUGCAUGUCUGAAGCUAAUUUGUCGCAUCAGGCACCACAACAACGAGUAUGGAGGUGCUCAAAACGUCCCAGGAAAUAGUUCACGAGGGCUGGCUCAUCAAAUCACCACCCACCAAACGCUGGCGAGCGGUGUGUAUUACUCUGAGAUGGCGAAAACGGUGGUUCGCUCUGAGACACAGUGGAGAAUUGCCUGGGCAGUAUUUUCUGGAGUAUUAUACUGAUCGAAGAUGCAGGAAACUCAAGGGCCAUAUCGAUCUUGAUCAGUGUGAACAGGUCGAUGCUGGUCUAAGAUUUGAAAAUCGCAAACAAAAGUACCAGUACAUGUUCAACGUGAAAACACCAAAGAGAAUCUACUACUUGGUAGCAGAAUCCGAGGCAGACAUGAACAAAUGGGUGGACGCAGUCUGUCAAGUUUGUGGCCUAAAAGCCUACACCCAAGACGAAGAACAGCAGCUCUUCCCCUUCGAAUCUCAAGAAUCUCCACCGAUAUCUCCAACGAGCACCAUCUCAGGCCCCUACAUACCAAUAAGUGAGUGCAUAUCAGGAAAGAGAUUGAACGACACGAGCUCUCUAAGUUCAGGAAUGGGUCAGGGGCCAGAGCACUAUGACGCGCCGCGUAGACUAGCCCCAUCUCCACCACGAUCACCAACGACAACAGACGCUGAGAGUGUUUUUACUGAUGACGAGUGGACAGCGCCAGUUCCAAGUGUCAAUUGGGAAACAUUCCCCUCUUCAGGAGAUUCGAGACCAUCGCAAAGCUCUGGAGACGCUGAAAUAGGCUCGUGGAGUGUGAGAAAACGUUUUGGAAAGUUGAGAAUUGUGGAUUCAGCUGCUCCACCACCUGAGGAGACAUUUCCAGUGCCUCCAAGACCGCCUAAACCUCUUCACAUGCUUCCAGAAAAUCCUGGGCACAAUUAUUUGAAUUUGGAUGGCUCCACUGAGAGUUCAAAACCGAAUACUCCAGCGACUCCUGGCACUUCAGCACCUUCCACCCCUGCAACUGCACUGAUCACUGACGAAACCUACGAUUUCCCUCGAUCUCAUCAACCUGGAACCAGUGAAGCCACUGGGAUCUCUGGUAGACCUCCAAGACACUGCUACAGCAAUGCUGCUCCAUCGGCUGUCGAUGAUAGAAUCUUUCGAUACGAUUUCCAUGACGAUGAGCCCUCUAGUCCACACUCUGAGAGUUCUACCACAGCAACUUACUCAAAUCUUCCCAGUCCACUUAUCAGGGAUUCUUCGAGUACUGCUGCCAGUGCUGGUAUUCAACCACCAGUUGUUUAUAGGCAGUUGAAGCCUGGGAGAAAGACCAGUGAUUCUACUUCGAUUAUCAGUAAUGAACCAUCUCCAGGACCCAUUCUCAAUAUGCCGGAUAUGAGUUCUGCUGAACAUUCACCUGCUGAACCACCCUGCAUCAAUCGCAAGUUGAAGCCUACCUCGAGCAAACCUGUUGUUGAUGCGGGUCCUCUGCAAUUAGCAUCGCCGCCAGGGAGAGGGAGACUGCGAGCAGCCCCCAGUCCAACACCACCUUCCCAUGGCCAUGGUAACAGACAUCACUCCACCUCCGACGAGGACAACAAUAUGCAGGACGACAGAGAGGAAAUUUAUUACUACCAGGAUCACAACACUUUCAUCCCUGCAUCCAAUCGACGUUUGGUGGUCCUUCAGUACCUUGACCUGGAUCUCGGUGCAACUGAAAAUUUUGCGAAUGCAGCAUUGCCACCAGCUCAGUCACCACCAAACUCAACUGUCUACAAAACUGUUGACUUUUUGAAAACUGAGGCUUUCAAUCGCACGAGACAGCGUGUGGAGGAGGAGAGGAAACGCACAGACGAAAUGUCGUAGACCAUUGCUUAUAUCCUAUUGCUCCUUUCUCUUCCAAAAUCGUAGUAUUUUCUCCAGAAACACAAUACAAAUUUGAUGAAUGCAUUGGAUUUUGUUCGAUUGUACUGGAUAUGCCUUUCUCUCCAUUACUUGGAACGUCAUAAUUUUACGGAAAUUGUAUAGCAACAUUUUCUACUGGACCAAAAAUCGUAUUUUUAAGAUACGGAGAUGUGAUAGAGUUGGACAGAGCGAAUGCAUUUUUCACGAGCUUUUGUGAGUGCUCUUCUAAGAGUAUUCUUUCCUUUACAUAACUCGAAAUUCGAAUCAUAUUGAAAAUCUGUAGUAGUGGAUUUUCCAAUAUUCUGCAACGAAUUUUUUUUUAGAUGAAUGUACUAGAUUUUUGCCGAUAUGAAGUAGUUGAAGAGUUCCGCUGGGAAAACUAUUUUAUAAUGGAGGGGUGAAAUGUAAUUAAUCAAGGUUAACAUGUUUGUUGAUUGCUGAUCCAUCACCGAAACGAGCUGUUCUUCAGCUUUUUCAGUUCAUAUGGAGGAACUCCUCGCGAAAAAAUCUCUUCACUCUUUUUUCCUAUAAUGUAAAUAAUUGGGCCUUCGUGUAGAAAUUUUUUAUUGUUGCAAAUGAAAGUGGAUGGAAGAUGUUAUAUGAAUAUUUUUUUUUAUUUUAAUGAAUAAUGAAGCAAGAGAAAGUUUAAUUAUUUAUCGAGAAUACAAAUUCGUUUUGUGAGUAACUACGAAUUCCCGAUUUUUGUUUCUUUCAUGAAAAAAAAAUCGUAAAUAAUAUUCUUUAUUCAAUUUUCGUAUUUCAGAAUUUUUUUCAUUGAAAAGAAAUUGUGGAAUAAUGCAAUUUCAUACUAAUAAAUAGUAAAAAAAAAAUUGACCUCUCACGUUUUAUGACUUUUAGCCGGAAUUCUCGACUCAUUCUAGAUACUGUUUCUUUUCAAUUUCGUUCGGAGAAACAGAAGCCAUGAAUCCACUGAUAUUGACUGUAAUACACAGGGAAGAAAUAUAUGAAAAAGGAAUCGGAUGAUAGAAUCGCGUGGAGAAUACGAUAGUUUUUUUCGUGAUUAGAGUGCGCAAUUAUCAACUUCUGUUUAUCACGUAAGGAGAAUUUUUAUGCCAUCAUUAUGUAUAUAAACUAAAGCAGAUAUAUAUCUAAAUUUUUAUGCAUAUUGAACAUAAUUAGCAUGCGAUAUACACAUGUAUAUAGGAAUAUCUACGUUUAUAAAUUUAUCUAUAGGAUGUAUAAUUUUAUUUUUAUAAUAGCAGUCUUUGUAUUAGACCGACGAAUUAUCAAAUUUUUCGGUGUUUGGCAUUACGAUUUCGCAUGACAUAUCGAAUAAAUCGAUGUUUGACGAUCAUGAGAAUAUGACUCAUCAACUGAGAAAGAGUUGAAUUGUACAUUUAACAUUUUUUACAACAGCUGUUUAUUGAUUGUAAAUAUGGAUAAAUUAGAAUGAAUGUACAUUCGAUAAUUGGCGAUUGAACCACACUCAAUAUACAAUUGAAUUUUCUUUUCAAGGAGUUGAUGUAAAGAUGAUUGUUUCUCGUUUUGUUUGUAUUUUCGAUUAAAAAUGAUGUUGGAAAAUUGAAA